UCUUUUACUGGGGUAUUGGUUUUCAUAACCAUUUGUCCCCAUAAUGAGUGGCACUGGUGGUGAUACUGGUAAACUGGAGUGUCUAUGGGAAUUGCCUGUAUGACUUAUGGUUAGCCAGUGGGGUGAGACCAAAGUCUUCUCUGUUUGGCUGGUUUGGUUUGCCUUGGCGUGCAAAGGAACCCCAGCCUUGGGCUGUAACUGCCCAGCUUUAAGCAAUUUGUCCUGAAUUGACACUCUCGGAAGUAUCCCACCAAAGCCAGCAUCAUUACAUAUCCCACGAAAAUAAAACCCAUAACUGGGACACUGCUGUGAAUUUUUUUUUAAAUGCAAUUACACAGGGCCUUAAGGCACCGCAUAGCCAGCCAGGGUUGUAAGACCCCUGCUGGGAACAACCAUCUGGCACUGUGAGGAAGACGCUGGCUUGAUCUUUUGUUUGUGAUUGUUCUCCACUGCGAUCUCCUGAAUCCAUCAUAAGAAAUCCCUCUGGAUUCCUCUGCAAGAGCUCCUCUGGCUGGGGCUGCUGUAACAGACUGGAAUGAAAUGUGGACGUGGAGUGGAGCCAAGCUCUUAUUUAUUCUCCUUUGCUGCUCCCCCCGAAGGGAUUGUUAAACUCUAAACAGUCUCUCCCUGUUAACAGACCUUUGCUCAUCAGUUGCUGCUCUUGCUGCCGGGAACGCUCCAAGGGUCAAUGCUUACUGUCUGGUGCUGCUGAGAAUAGAGCAGAGACCUCAUAUUAGUGGUGCUGCUUUGAAGCUCUGGAUGGCGCCUGUCCUUUGAAUUCUGCUGCCUUCCUUGCAACUGGUGCUACAAGUCCAAUUGUAGAGAGAAAAAUGUGUAAUUGGGCAGGAGUCUAGUGUGUUGGGGCAUUCUUUCAUCUACGAGAGACUGUGGGAAUUGCAGCCUCUGAUGGAAAUCGAGGAUCAAUGGAACCACAAAACCUACCCUAGUUACAGGAAAGGUUCCUUUAAAAGAGCUGUGUUUGCCGAGUGUCUCAACCCACACCAUCAUCAUCAGUAACAGAACAGGAUAUUGGCAGUUGCCAAGGGACAUCCUACGACGUAAGGGUUCAGCUGUGGAUGCUGCUAUUGCUGCUCUGGUCUGCACUUCCGUUUUGAACCCCCAGAGUAUGGGCCUGGGAGGAGGUGUCAUCUUUACCAUCUAUAAUGCAACCACAGGAGAGGUCGUUGUGAUUAACGCUCGUGAAACAGCUCCAGAAAAUAUCAACCAAGACUUGUUAAAUCAAUGUAAUGGUUUACCUCUCCAAAUAGGGAGCCAGUGGAUUGCAGUCCCGGGGGAGCUUCGUGGAUAUGAAGAAGCCCACAGGCGCUAUGGCCGGUUGCCAUGGAAAUGGCUGUUUGAACCAACCAUCGAGCUCCUUACACAUGGAAUCAGAAUGCCAACAACGCUGAGCAACUUUCUCAGUCACCCGGUAUUACAGAGCUUUUUGAAAAAGUCAUCCUUAUGCAAGCAGUUCUGUAAGAAUGGUGUGGUCCUAAAACCUGAUGCAAUCAUCUUUUGGCCAGCCCUGUUGAAAACACUGAAGAAUGUAGCAGAGAAGGGAGCCAGAGAAUUUUAUGAGGGCAAGAUAGCAGAGGAUUUGGUGAAUGACAUAAGGAAUGAAAGCAGCAGUCUGACGCUGAGGGACCUCAGGAAUUUCCAGGCAAAAGUGAUGACACCUCUGAAUAUUUCUCUGGGUGGAUACACAAUGUAUUCCCCUCCACCACCUGCUGGGGGUGCUGUUCUUCUCUUCAUCCUCAACAUACUGAAAGAGUUUAAAUUCACGCCAGAGUCCCUGGAGUCGACCAAUGGGAAGAUUGAGACCUACCAUCGGAUUGCAGAGGCCCUGAAGUUUGGCAAUGGGCAAAAGCCAAAACUGGAUGACCCGCAGUUCUCUGGCAUAGAGGAGGUGACUAUUCAGGAACUGUUGUCCAACUCCUUUGCUGAACUUGCCAGGAACCGUAUAGAUGACAGAGGUGACCAUCCAAACAGUUUUUACAAUCUGUCACAGACAAGCAACAUAGGCUACGGCACCGCCCACGUCUCCGUCCUCGCUGAAGAUGGCAGUGCUGUGUCUGUCACCAGCACUAUCAACCAGCCGUUUGGCUCAAUGGUAUAUUCCCCAAGCACUGGGAUCAUUUUAAAUAACGAGCUCGCUGACUUCUGCAAGAAGCCAAGAAACAAGAUCACUAGCGGAGAAAUACCUCCCUCUGCCAUGGUGCCUUCCAUUCUCGUCUCCAAAGAUGAUAACUCCAAGCUGGUGAUUGGAGGCUCAGGAGGGGACCUGAUUAUCAGUGCCACUGCCUUGGCAAUCAUGAACAAACUCUGGUUUGGCUAUGACCUGAAGCAUGCCAUCUCACUGCCAGUUCUCCAUGCUUCCACGGACAACUCCAUCCAGUUCGAGUCAGGCUUUGAAGAGGUGAGCAUCUUCCGGCUCUCCCUGCACUUGUUGCUUGUCCUUUGUGCUGUUAAGAAGGGACUGCUGCGCAGAGGACACCAUGAACAGAACCGCACCAUUUUCCUAAAUGUUGUCCAGGGGAUUUCAAAGGAAGGAAGAUGCAUCUUUGCUUAUUCUGAUAAAAGGAAGCGGGGGGAGUCAUCUGGGUAUUAAGAACAAGUGCUGUAGCAAACAUUUUAUUCUAGCCAAAAAGACUAUGAAAUAACUGGGUCCAGAGCACCAGCUAUCCUGGAAGCACCCCUGACAUCUCCUGUACUAGUCGGACUUCUUGAAGCCACCUAGCAGAGAGUGUGGGUGAGACUCAUAGUAACAAUUGACUCUCCAAUAUAUGACAAGCUACCUUCAAGCUGUUACAGGCACUAGUCAGCCAGUCUUGGCUAGAAUCAUACCCUCCAUUUAUUAUAUCUGCCAGCUGGGUCCAGAGGACAAAGGACCAGCACUUGUGUGAUAUAUAGAAAUAUAUUUUGUGAACAAAGCAGCUAUUUAGAAUAUGAAGCCAGAAAUCAGGAAUUAACCAAGCAGUGGGAAUUUGGAAAGGGGAACCAGGCCCAGUGCCAGUGGGAGCUGCCCUCAGGAACCUGAAUCUAUCUUCCCUAGAGUCUGAAGAUCCUCAGAUAGGAGUGGGAGUGGUUUCUUUCUGGCUUUGGAAAACCCCUGACGUGUGAAUGUGCUUUCUGGCCACACCAUUCAUGGGAAAUAGGCAGCAAUGACAGACUUCUUUCUUUGCUCAGGUGUGUUUCAGCACCAACGAGUUGCACAGCAGAGCUGCAAGAUACAGCUUUGCAUGGACACACAAUAAGGGAGUGAGUCUAACAACAUUUUGUCUAGCUCUUGCCUGUCCGAUGGGUAUCAUUUGAAAUUAGUAUUAGCACAAAACUGGUCUAUGUACUACAGCGUCUGUUGCGGCAGUCAGCUACUAUAGGAACGAGGGCCACCUCUGUAGCAGCACUGAAGGUUUCUUAGGCCCUACUAAGAGGGAGUCGCUACAAAUGAGCUGUGCAAAGCGUGACUGUGCAUAAGUGUGGAUAAUGUGAAUUCUCUUCUCCUUUGGAAGGAACUGAUGAUAUAUUAUAAUCUUCCAGUCUUACACCUCUCCCCUGGGGGCGGGGAACCCUAAGCCUUCGCCAAAUUUCCUCGCUCAUCCUUAUCUAGACGUGUUCCAAGGGAAGCUGAAGACAGGCCCCUGGAUGAGUUGAAGUGAGGACGCACAAAAGAAGGAAAUGAAUAUUUCUUCAAAACAGGAGUGAAAUGGGUUCUGGGAGGACCCUUUAAAAUAAGGGUGCAGGUAAGAGUAGUGUAGUCAGGAUUUCUAUUACAUCUUCACAAAUACGCAAUGAGCCUUUCCUAACUGGAGCUGUUACAGCGCCCACCAACGCCCUGAGACACGACGCAGAGAAGUGCUGUGCGUUCUGUGACUAGUUUACGCCUGUGUCCACAGGAAGAAUUGUGCUCCACAAAAACGAGUUGUCCCCGAUUAACUACCGCAAGUGACCUACGUUUUUCGGAGAAUUCGAGGAGAGGAGUGUGGGAACAUGCCAAAGAACAGUCAUAGCUAAUACGCCUGUAGCAGGGGAGCAGACUAGUGCUUGUUAAAUCACAGACCUGAGCGGCCUAGGGUGUUAUCUAUGCCUCAUCCUUGCCAUAAGUAUGACUGGGUAUGCAGUCACAUUGUUUAUAUUUGUACACUGAUAUUUUUAAAGGGCUUUAGAAAAAUUCAUAGGACCAAAGACUCAGCGUGCCUCUAUAAAUUCACCUGCAGUCACUUACGUGUACGGGAACCUUUGUUUGCAUACAGGAAUUUGUGAUUAUUAUACGCUUUUAAAGCCUUGCAUAUAACAGAUUUAUAUUGGCUUUUUGUGCAUUAAUAGAUCCCUAUUCUGUUAAUCCAUCUUAUGCAGAAAAGCAAACAGUUAUAUUCAUGUCAGACCUUAGUCUUUUUACUCCAGUCUCAUUAUCCCUCCACCACUUUUUUUAAACUCGUGCUUAAAAUGUCUCCGCAAACCCUUCUGACUGUUAUCUUUUGGUCACAAAUGACUGUGUACAUGCCUUUUAAAAAAAUCCUGUAUCUCAUGAAACCAGAUUGCUGGAUGCCUGCCUUUUCUACCAUAAGCUCCUAUCAUGUAAAUAAAAUGCUAGCCACUUAGAACUCUAUUAACUUGGAGAAACAAAAGUCAGCCUUUAGCUGCAUUUCAAUGCUGUUGAAAAUGAAACUUGCUACAAAGAGAGCGCUGCUUUCCUCCAGGAAUUGUACACCAAGAAACUAUCUUUAUUGCAUCAACCUCCAUGAGAAGCUACUGCUGCAUCAUAGUGGUGUCUCAUACAGAAAUACGAUUUCACUAGAACCACCACAGGAUCUUGAUGUUUUGUCUGGAAAACAAAUUUCUUGGUCUUACUCAUUGAUGAGUACGUAAAGCAUCUGUUUUCCUGAAGCAGGGCUUGCGGUUUAAAGUGCUUGCCUGAACAAGUAGUAAAUGUGAGUGUGGCAGAACGGUAGAGGAAUGUUGCUGCUUGGCUAGCACUCAUUCUGUAGUAUGUAGAAUGAGAGGGGCCCUGCUUUUUCUUUAAGUUCACCUACAGACUUGUUACAGUCUGGUGCUUGCAGUAGCUGUUGUGAUUGAGUAGUCUUAUGACCUGAGCUGCAGGUAGACUGACAUCUCAAUGGUAGCACUGAUUACUACAAUUAGUUGCCACUCAAGAAUUGUGGGGUAAUUACACAGGCCCAAAACAGUCAGUUCAAAAAUGGACCGAACUCUUCAAGAGCAGGCCCACUGACUGUACGCUAGCAGAACAAUCACGUAGAACCAUAAAACACUAGGCAGAUAAACUGAACAGAAAUAGUGCUAGAGCUGUCCUUACUUUUGGCUGGGUGAAUGUUGCUUAGUGUGUAUAAAAAUGAGGAACUGGCUGGAAGUAGGCAGGAGCUAUUUUUGCUACCAUAUUACACCUCAACCCUGACCUCAGCAUAAAUCAGAUCUAGCCCUGGGCUUCUCCAAUGGUUGGCUCCCCCACGCUAAUUACAGCCAAGGGCAGAGGCCAGUUUAUCUGUCCACUGCCACCUUCCCUGGACUUUACGUGACACUGUGAGCAGAGGCUAUGCUUCUAUUUUCCAAUGGAAAUUUGUUUUACAAAGUUAUAUUUUUAAUAAACUACUUUUACAAAUGG